AUGCCUGAGUCUCCUCUCAGUCCCACAGCAGCCCGUCAAACCCCAGCCAGCAGCCUCCUCAGCCACACAGACAUCGGUGCAGGAGGGAGAGUAGCUAAUGGGGACUCCUGCAGUGGAGUGAGUGGUGAAAACUGGCAGAGUCUCCACCAUAAACAGGUGUUUCUGGCCAUGAUGGCUCCUCAGCAGAUGCAGCAGCUCCUGUCCCCAAACCAGCUGCAGGCCCUGAUCCACCAGAAGCAACAAGCCCUUCUGCUUCAGCAGCAACAUCUGAAAGAGUUUUACAAGAAGCAACAACAACAGAUUCACCUGCAGCUGCUUCAACAAAAGCCCAGCAAGAAAGUUAAAGAGCUCCCUGCACAGCAGCUUGUGUUCCAGCAGCUCCUCCAGCUCCAGCAGCAACAGCAGCAGCUCCUCCGGGUGCAGAGACCGGUCCUGUCCUCUCCUGCCCCCUCUCCAGCUGGUUUGAGCCCUGCUGAGAUGCAGCAGGUAUGGAAAGAGCUCGCAAACGGACUAACUGAAGAUAAAACAACAUUGAAGGGCAAUCAGGACUCCUCUGCCAACAACAUUAUGUCAACAAAAGUCACAGGGAGGCAGAGCACUGACCAGCAGUCUCCUUCUCCUCGCAGGGCAGAAUGUGCUGUCAAAGCUGAUCGCGCUGCCACACACGCUCUCUACGGUCACGGUGUGUGUAAUUGGCCUGGAUGUGAGUCGGUGUGUGAAAACUUCAGCCAGUUCAUCAAGCAUAUAGGCAGUGAGCACACUCUGGAUGACAGAAGUACAGCGCAGUGCAGAGUCCAGAUGCAGGUGGUUCAGCAACUUGAGCUUCAGCUCUGCAAAGAACGGGAGCGUCUGCGAGCAAUGAUGGCUCACCUGCAUCUGCCAUCUUUGGAGUCGCAGUCAAUCUCUGCACCUGCGAGUCUUCAGUCCCCACAGUCUGAUCUGGCUGUUGACCCACACGGUCUCCAGCUCAGCUCAGUCGCCGCCACCAACAACAACCUGAGCCCGUCAGACUCGCCCCAAGUGUCCCCACAACCUCUGAUCCCUGUCAGUGUUCCAUCCCAGGGUGGUGAAGGAGAGUCACCCACUCAUACACCAUGUGCUGGGGCCAUUAGACGUCGCCAUCACCCUUUGGUCUACUCGCUGUCUUCAGAAAAUGAAUAUGAGCUUUACAAGAACACCGAUAUCAGACCACCUUUCACCUAUGCAACACUGAUAAGACAGGCUAUUAUGGAAACAUCAGACAUGCAACUAACACUCAACGAGAUAUACAACUGGUUCACACGGACGUUUGCUUAUUUCAGGCGCAACGCUGCCACUUGGAAGAACGCAGUGCGCCACAACCUGAGCCUGCACAAGUGUUUUGUGCGUGUGGAGAAUGUGAAAGGCGCAGUGUGGACGGUGGAUGAGGUGGAGUACCAGAGGAGGAGAUCCCAGAAGAUCACAGGGAGUCCAUCACUGCUGAAAAAUGUGUCUUCCAACCUCGACUUUGGGACGGUUCUGAACACCAGCUUACAGAGGGAGUGUGUUAGCAGAAACUCCAGGAGUCAAAUACAGGAGAGCAAAGCAACAAACAGCCACAACAAACAAAACUUCUCUCCAAGAGUCCAACAGUCUCUAGAUCUGAAUGACCAAGAAUCUCUGCUGCCCACAGUAAAACCAGCUGGUCUGCAGCACGACAUGACUGAAGACGACGACGACGACGACGACGACGACGAGCAUUUGUUUGACCUUGAAUGA